AUGGCGCCCUCAGUGACCCAUGCCCCUUGGUGGCCCCCUGCAGCGCCCACGGUCUGCCAGCAGGCCGCCCAGGAGAGCAGCCCCCUGGCCUCCAAUCCCACCUCCCCAGAAGCUGUCUCCGAGCUGAAGUCCUGGAAGAAGAGCAGUCAGAGGAGGAACAUGUGGACUGUCAAUCAUGUCGAGGGAACGAAACUCAGGAUGAGCAAGAGAAGAUCCAGUUAUCGUCCAGAAGACCAAGAGGCCUUCUACCGGCUUCUGGAGGACCCUGUUAUCCAGAGCUUCUUGGAAGCUGAUAUUUUCCUGAAAGUGUCUGACAAGUACCUGCUCUCCAUGGUGGUGGAGUACUUCGGCCGUGUCGGGCUGCCUGGUCACCUCUACAACAGGAUCCACUUCUUCCUGGCCCUCUACAUCGCCUCCGACAUGGAGGAGGACAACCCCACGUCCAAGCAGAGCAUCUUCCAGUUCCUGCUGGGCAGGGAGCACUGGCCAGACCUCUACAAGCAGUUCCUCAGGUUGAAGGUGGAAUUCUUCCAUGCGAUGGAGCACCGAGCCUGGGUCCCCCUGGAUUUGUGUGAGGAGAUCCAGGCCCAGAACCCACAUCACUGGGUCUGGAGUCGGGCACGCCAGUGCGCCCCCUAG